UGACAGAAGAAGAAGAACUGGUGGGAAAUUUGACAGUGCGCGAAAGUUUGUUGUUGUCCACAGACCCGGACAAGAUAACCACACACAAACAUUAACCGUGUGUUUACUUAUGUUUACACGACAUGGACCGGUACGUGUUGGUUGUAUCCUUAUGCCAAACUGAUAACGACCCGGCGCACGAUUACAAAUGUUUGGAGCCUCUAAAGCAGAUACACGACAGACUUGUGGACAUUUCAAGUCAAGAAUCAUUGAGAGGGAUCACUGUGUUUCCAGCUUGUUCUCUCAGUGGUAACCCAUCGGCUCAGAGGUGGUACUUUGCCGUUCAGGCUUGCCAUGGAUUUACACAGUUUUGCAGCUCCGACUGGGAAGAGUUGGGGACAGGCCAUCAGAAAACUGACAGCGAGGAGGAGAAGCCUACUGCUGUGGAGGAAUGUUUAAGUUUUCUCAGUGAUCAGGAGGCGACGGACCAAAAGGCCGACCAGGCGGCGCUGACAGAGCUCUUAGAGGAGGCUGCAGAAGGGCUGAAUCUGCUGUCAGACAAGCUGCCACCUCCAGGUAAAGCCUUGCUGGAUGUUCUGCUGCUGGGUUCUGCUGAGCAGUCGCCUCCCGUUAAAGACCUGCUGCCUCUGCUGGGAGCCCUGAAACACAUGUCCUGCUGGCAUGCGGCAAAGAUUACUGUGGUUGCACAGCACACUACAGGGUGGCAGAAAGCGGCGUCCUCCCUGAGCGCCAGUCUGGUGGAGCCCGCUCACCUCGACAGCUGCGUCGACUACAAGGAAAUGUGGAGGGGAGGCCUGGUCAUCAGAGAGAAGAAAUAUGUGUCAGAGCUCCGCUUUGAUGGCUUUUCUCUGCGCUCACCACGACAUCAGACAUCAGAGUCUUCUCUCUUGCAAGCUCCCUACAUCACUACGGACCACAAACUGCUCUCUGAGGUCUUCCAUUACUACGCUCCAGUGUUAGACUUGGUUCAGCUGGUUAAUCUGUCAGACCUGCCCGACUUUCUGAUGUCCAGCACCCAGUUUGAACUAGGGCUGUCUGGCAAGUCAGUGAAGGCUAAACUUCUGUUGGACCAGCUCAGGUCGCUGCGUGGAAAGGCUGGAGCUCUGUUCAGUCUGUCCUGUACAAUCACUCCCAUUGCCCAGCCUGCAGCCAGCCAGCUCAGCUCGCAGCGCUGGAGAGAGUCUCUAGCCACGAGACCAAAGUCUUUACAAGUGCCUGACGUGGAGGUGAGAGGUGAGAGCGCUCUCUACUUCCUGUUGGUGCAGGGCUCCGACGACGUUGGCUCCGACUCCUGCAGGGUCAGGAUGUUGCACUCUAACAGUCAAGUGAACGGAGCUGCUGCCAUGGCAACCGUGUCUGGGCUGCUGAGAGAGAGGUUCUCGUCAUGGCCAGGAGUAGGUGUCGACAGCAUCCUCCGUCCUCUGCCUUGUCUCCAAGGAGACCGCCUGCUGGAGAGAGAGAGGAAGCUGACCCAGGUUCAGACGCUGGUACUCAAAGAAUACCAGAAGCAGAAAGAUGAAGCUUCAACGUCGAUACCCAUCAAUGACUUAAAGGCUGUUCUGAAUCUGGCCCGAGAGCAGUAUCUGAAGAUGGUUGACUCAACGCUGCCUGCUGCUGAGAGCUGUUUGGCUGAGAGUCAGGGCUCCCAACACUCAGGUUUUCAGGCCGCGCCUCGGCAGCCGUGUGACUGGCCCGAGAGAAGUGUCCUCCAAAACAUAGAAAACCUGCAGAGGAGACGACAGAGGAGACGAUUCGGUCUGUUGGGUCCAGGCUCUAGUGACAGUCUGUUGGGUCCUAAAGACAGUCAGAGGGGCUCCGCUGCUUUACUAGACGCCAAAGAACUUCUGAAACACUUCACACCCGAUGGCCUACCUACUGGGGAGCUGCAGCCACUGGCUAUCAGUAGAGGUAUUAAUGUGUUUCAGUUGACACCGGACCUCUCCCCGAGGAGAGUCACCAAGAUGCCUUUCAACAAGGCCUCAUCUUCCCAUUACCACGGCAUAGAGUUCUGCCUGGAUAACCAGCGCUCUCUAGACCGGGACCAGGCCUUUGUACGGCUCCAGUCCCGUCUGAUCCGUUAUGAGACUCAAACCACCUGCUCCAAGGAGCCCUGUGUCCUCCCGUUUGCCCUCAGCCCCGCCCCCUCGCCAGCUGUGAUGUCAGAACCAGGAAGUGUUCCUGAUGGAGAGACUCUGCAGAACCAUGACGUGGCACGACUUAAGCGCAGGUCCAGAGAAACGGACAUUGUUGGAGGCUAUCCUCCGAAGAGGCUGGUGAAGUCGGAGAGCAGUGACUCCCUCUGUUCUCAGAGCAGCGGUAGCAGCGGGACACAUCCCACCAUCAGGUCUCUGCGACAACAGACAAGACGAUCUCAGUCAGUCUCGUCUUCCGUUAACACGUCAGCCUCUUCAGCCACAAGGGAAACAUCAGCCUUGGUGACAUGUGCUGACAAAACCAAACCGCUACAGCCGAAGACACAUGAAGGACAGUCAGAGGGGGAACCUGCCAAAGAGUCACGCUCACAGAAACACCACAGGAUGCUGCAGGAGGUCGUGGCUAAAGCUCUCAAACACCAUGGGAUCUCCGCUGAGCACGAGUGCUUCGUGGCCUGCAGCAAAAGACUCUUUGAUAUCUCUAAAUUCUAUCUCAAGGAUCUGAAGACAUCUCGGGGUCUGCACGACGAGAUGAAGAAGGCAGCGAGCAGCAACGUUAAACAGGUCAUUGACUGGGUGCUGGAAAAGACUUCAAAGAAGUGAAGAUGAUAAUGGAGGGAAGUGUGUGUGGAGGGGAUCUGACGUAUGUUUGAAGAGGGUUUUGCUUCUUCUGUCACAUCUUCAUGCGACUUUUAAAUCGUUUUUAGUCUCUUUUUAGAAGAUCACAAAGCAGCACCCUUUUUUAACCUUUUAUUUGUGUGCUCAUCUGCACUGAUGUACUCCCACAGCCCACACCUCCAAACCGAAAAACAAAAACACAGUCACACACACACACACACCGACGCAGAGUAGUAAACUCUUAUCUGGCUGCAGGUGCUGCAAAGCCACAGGGGCUUUGAUGUUGGCUUCAGGCUGCAGUCAUAUUGUCUUUGUAGCAGUUUUGAUUUUAAUUCCUUCACUUUGUUUGCUUUGUUCCUAAAUCGUAUUUUUAUGACUUCGUGAGCGUACAUAUUUUAUGCCUGUGUUUGUUUUGUUUCUAACGCAAUAAAUCUUAUAAUUGAUCUUA